AUGCCGGCACCAAGCAACACCUCCAAGAAGGGAUGCGACGACGACGACGCUGCUGCGAAGGAUUUCCCCCGGUACGCGAGCACGGCGUCGAUCUCGCCAGUGACUGCAGUGGCACCUUGCUCCCUGUUCCCCCUCCUUAUCCAGUGCGCCGCACUGUUGCCUGGACGGUUGCGAGCGUCGGCGGUGAGCUGGCAGAGGUGCAUCGCCCCCGUGAGCGGCGGCUACAGCACUCGCUGCGGCUGCCAGAGAGGCGCAGCGUGGGACGACGCCGUCCAGCACCUCCCACACCACCAGAAGCCUCCGCGUGGCCGUCCCCUGCUCUAUGCACGCUGUAGCACCGUCGCCGUGGCAUGGAACGCGCAGAGCGCGCUCCCUGCCGCCGACGUGCCCCGUGAGGCCAUUUCGUCGAAGACUUGGCGUAUCGCCCAAGUUGUGCCAAGGUUAGACGUUGAACGGAACCAGUGGACCAACGCGAUGAUGCCCAAUCACCUAAACCGCCUGACCAUCCACUGCCUCGCCAAAGGCAAUCCAGAUGAUAGGAUCAGCAGCUUGCCCAAUGGCAUCCUUGUCAACAUUCUCGACCGACUCGAUGUCCGCGCCGCUGCGAGAACCAGUGUCCUCUCGAGACGGUGGAGUCAGCUGCCUGCCAUGCUCUCGCGGUUUACAAUCAGUGCUUGGGACCUCCUGCCUUCAGAAACUAAAACCAGCUUUUGCAAUGCUGAAUUGGUUCGGAUGGCCAAUACAGCUGUGGCCAAAGUGACAAAGAGCAUACUGGCACGCAGGGAUCCGGGUGGAUGGCCCAUUCGUCUCUUGAGCAUGACGUUCUACUUGAUAGACGAUGUCCCCAUAUCAGUCGGGCAUGCUGUUGGCAAUGCCAUGGCAACAUGCAAGGUUGAGAAGGCCGAAUUCACUGUUCUGACAGAGAAGGGACGCCUAGAGUGCACCAUUGACGAUUUGGUGAAAUACGGGGCACGGUUUGUGUCAUUUUUUAAUGAGUGUAUGGAUACAUUUGCUGGUCUCACGUGCCUCUACCUGGCGAAUUUGAGAUUUGCUGAAUCAGACUUCGUCUCCAACAUCCUCGUCACUUGCAAGCGAUUAAAACAUUUAGGUUUUCUCAAUUGCGACACAGAGAAUUGGAUAGCGUUCCAAAUUGAACACGCAGAACUCAGUGAGCUCAGUAUUGUCAAUUGCCGUUUUGACGUGGUCAAACUCGACUGGGUUCCGAAGCUCACUUGGUUGGUGUUUGAGUUUUGGAUGUCUUUCAAAGAACCACCACUGUCAUUUGGCUAUGUCCCAUUGCUCAAUGUUCUGAGUGUUUCAAAUGUUGCUCUUAGUUGGCAUGAAAUGGUCGAGUUAAGUACAUUUCUUCAUGAGACCUCUGUUCGAGACCUGAGCUUGGGGUUUAAAUGCGAAAAGAUUUGGGUUCAACCAGAGUGUCUGACCAGAUGGCUGGCAUCUGUGUUUCACCAACUAAGGAUUGUCAAUCUUGUUGACAUUCCUGAAGGGUAUGAUCUCACCUGGACAAUGUUUAUUCUGGAAGCGGCGCCGUCCCUGGAGGAGUUCUACAUGACGGUAAUGGAUCAUCCUUGUGGCAUGCAAAUGGAUCAGGAGAAGAGGAAGGCGAAGUCGUACAGCGAGCACAAGGGUGUUGAGUGGGAAUCACCUACAUCAAAUUUCAAGCACCACCGCCUGACCAAACUAAUCAUCUUCUGUUUUCAGUCUGAAGACUACAUGGUGAGUCAUGUCAGGCGUGUCUUGAAAGCGGUGGUGAAUCUAGGGGAUGUGUACCUAUAUGAUAGACUGACAUGCAGCAAGUGCCGAGGCGUGGAACCUCUAAAUCCGAUAAGGUUCCCGGAGACAAGUAAGCACAUGUGUUGGGUGGAGAAGCAAAUCAGAAGGGGUAUCGAAUCACUUGCCACAAUCCACUUCCUGACUACUGCUAAAAUAAGGGAGGAUCAUGUUUCAAGGAUAGGGUAG